AGGUUUGAAUGAACAAUUAAUUGCAAUAGGAGAUAAAAUAUCAUUUUAGAAUAGAGAAUCUGGGUCUCCUCCAAAACCUCCUUUAGCCUCCACUCCAUUGCCCCCUCAAGCUACCAUAAUGCUGCAGAAGAGAUCGAUGAUGCUCUCCGAUCCUCUCUAAGAAAAAGCAAAUUCUUGUAACCUUUCAAUCACUUUCCAACCUUACAACCAAACACUUUCACUGCUAGCAAUCAAAAUUUCAUAUACAAAAAAGAAAACAGAGGAGGAAGAAGAAAGUCAUCAAGAUCAAAUUCAGACAGUUGUAAGAGAUUGCAUUAGAUUUCUGUCCUAACUCUACAAGGCUGCAUAAAUGGCGGCGAAUCGAGACGAGUACAACAUCAAGGAGACGAAGCCGCAGCUGGGCGAGCGGUGGCCCCACGGCGGCGUGCGCGGCGGCGGAGGGUGGAUCACGAGCGAGAGGCUGAGCAGCACGUACGACCUCGUGGAGCAGACCUACUACCUGUACGUCCGCGUGGGUAAAGCCCAGAACCUCCCACCGAAUCCAGUGACCGGAACCUGCGACCCCUACGUGGAGGUGAAGCUGGGCAACUACAAGGGCAAGACGCAGCAUUUCGAGAAGAAAACCAACCCCGAGUGGAACCAGGUAUUCGCCUUCGCCAAGGACAAGAUCCAAUCCUCUGUCCUCGAAGUUUACGUGAGAGACAGAGAGAUGGUCGCCAAAGACGAGUAUCUCGGAAAAGUGGUGUUUGAUCUGAACGAAGUCCCGACGCGAGUCCCGCCGGACAGCCCCCUGGCCCCGCAGUGGUACAGGCUGGAGAAUCGGCGCGGGGAGACCAAGGUCAGAGGGGAGGUCAUGGUGGCGGUGUGGAUGGGCACGCAGGCCGACGAGGCCUUCCCGGAGGCUUGGCACUCCGAUGCCAGUUCCGUCACAGGGGAGGGUGUUUUCAGCGUCAGGUCCAAGGUGUACGUCUCGCCUAAACUGUGGUACAUCAGGGUGAACGUGAUCGAGGCUCAGGAUGUGGAGUGGGAUGACAAGAGCCAGCCCUCUCAGGUGUUUGUCAAGGCUCAGCUGGGGAAUCAGAUGCUCAAGACUAAACCAUGUGCCACAGGCUCCACCAAUCCCUUCUGGAACGAGGAUUUGGUGUUCGUGGCGGCCGAGCCUUUCGAGGAGCAGCUGGUGAUCGUAGUGGAGAACAAGGCCAAGGCGAACAAGGAUGAAGCUGUGGGGAGGCUCAGCCUGCCUCUCGGGAAGUUCGAGAAGCGGCUGGAUCAUCGACCGGUGCAUUCCCAGUGGUACAACCUGGAGAAGUUCGGGUUCGGGGCCCUGGAGGGGGAGAAGAGGAAGAUAAACAAGUUCUCCACGAGGAUCCACCUGCGCGUGUGCCUGGAAGGCGGGUACCACGUGCUGGACGAGUCCACUAUGUAUAUCACGGACCAGAGGCCCACCGCCAGGGAGCUCUGGAAGCAGCCCAUCGGGAUACUGGAGCUCGGGGUGUUGAGCGCUCAGGGGCUCGCACAGAUGAAGCCCAAUAAGAGCACGGACGCCUAUUGCGUCGCCAAAUACGGCCACAAGUGGGUGAGGACGCGCACCAUAGUGCAGACCACUAGCCCCAAAUGGAACGAGCAGUAUAUAUGGGAGGUCUACGACCCCUGCACCGUCGUCACCCUCGCAGUCUUUGACAACUGCCAUCUGGGUGGCCACGGGGCUAAUCAGGCCGCCCGGAAGGAUUCCAGAAUCGGAAAGGUACGUAUCAGGCUAUCCACACUGGAAACCGACAAAAUCUACACUCAGUCGUACCCGCUGCUCACUCUUCAGCCCGCGGGGUUGAAGAAAAUGGGAGAAUUGCAACUAGCGUUUAGGUUCACUUGCCUCUCAUUAGCACACUUGCUGUACCUCUACAGCCGCCCCUUGCUACCAAAAAUGCACUACAUCCACCCUUUCACGAUCAGCCAACUAGACAGCCUCCGGUUCCAGGCGAUGAACAUCGUGGCGUCGCGGCUGGGCAGGGCGGAGCCGCCCCUGCGCAAGGAGGUGGUGGAGCACAUGCUGGACGUGGACUCGCACAUGUGGAGCAUGCGGCGGAGCAAGGCGAAUUUCUUCCGGAUAGUGUCGCUCUUCUCGGGGGUGAUCGGGGUGAGCAAGUGGGUGGGGCAAGUGUGCGAGUGGAAGAAUCCGAUGACGAGCGUGCUAGUACACGUGCUCCUCUGCAUCCUCAUCUGCUACCCGGAGCUCAUCCUGCCGACCACGUUCCUCUACAUGUUCCUGAUCGGGCUGUGGAAUUUCAGGGCGCGGCCGCGGCAGCCUCCGCACAUGGACCCGAAGCUGUCGUGGGCGGAGGCGGUGCACCAGGACGAGCUGGACGAGGAGUUCGACACGUUCCCGACGUCCAAGGCGGAGGACGUGGUGCGCAUGAGGUACGACCGGCUUCGGAGCGUGGCGGGGAGGGUGCAGACGGUAGUGGGGGAUUUGGCGACGCAAUGCGAGAGAUUGAUGGGAUUGCUGAGCUGGAGAGAUCCCAGAGCUACCGCCAUUUUUGUGGCAUUCUGCCUGGUAGCAGCAGUGGCGCUGUAUAUUACUCCUUGCAAGAUCGUGGUUAUGUUGGCGGGAUUCUAUUGGCUGAGGCACCCCAGGUUUAGGAGCAAGAUGCCUUCCGCGCCUAGCAACUUCUUCCGCCGCCUGCCCGCCCGGGCGGAUUGCAUGCUCUGACUCUCCUCUAUUUUCUUACACCAUCACAUCAUUGUAAUGCAAACUCCUAACUCAAUUCACAUUUUUAUAUAUUUACAACAUUACUAACAAUAUCUAGCUUUUAGAAUUAUAUAAGAGUUAAUUAAUUAUAAGCCUUUAAGCAUUAUUUUUG